GUAGGAGCUCCUCGCGCUGCUCCAACACGACGCACAACGAAUGGGCGCAGCAGCGAAUAACGGAUUGCAGAUCAACUCAUCGAUGAGACACUUUCACACUCAUUACUUCUGCAUUUCCAACAUUUACCACUGGAUGAUUUUCCAACAACACAUGAAGACCAUUUAUCUCCAGACCGUGUAUUCAAAUACGCAACUGGACCCACUUGUUUGCCGCAGAGGAGACAACGCAUUGGAUCAAUACUUGCGUCAGGAAAUGUUUAUUAUGGACAAAGGAACGCGUGUAAAAAAGCCGGCUUCACAUGUCAUUCCAAAGUUGGAGAGAAAAUAACAGCCUGGGUUCAUUUUUCCACAACGGAAAUAAGAUCAGUCGCAUUGCUUGGCUCCUCUUCUACUAAAACAUGGUCGAUGUAACUCCAUAGUGCCGGGAUCUGACAUUCUCUGCCCACUAACAGCUAGUUGUUAAUGGAAAGAUGUUUGCUGGACUAAUGGGGCUGGGAUGUCACAGUAACUCUCUGCUUCACUGCGAAGUCAUGGAAGGUGGCAGAGCAUCAGGGACAGCCGGCAGCUCCACUCGUAAGAGGCUCCAUCGAAGACCAGGGUACAUGAGAGGAGAGCAGUCCAGACUACAGAGCACUUUUAAUGGGCAGGAGGAGGAGCAGGAAGAGGAGGAAGAGGAGGAAGACGAAGGGAGGACCACUUGCAUUAGGAAUGGGAAAUCUGGGCGUCACACUGCCAUCACUCAGGGGACCAGUGCACAAAGGAUGAGUCUAACCCCUGCUGUCAAGGUGUCUGUAAUAAAUCAGCUUCAGCCUGAUAAAGUCACAUGUGGAUCCUGGAAAAGUACGAGUUUUCUCUGCUCUGGAACUCGUCAUUUUCCCCAUGUGGACUACAGUGCCAUUAAUGGUACAUCCAGCCAUCGGGGUCCAUCCUCUUUGUCCCAGAAUGAACUCAGUUUUAGCCCGAGCCCAGCACUCCAGUCCUCAGCACAGGACUCCUUUAACUCCAGCUUCAGUUUUAUCCAACAGUCUCUAAACACCAGCCAGAAGACAUAUUCAACCACUGCCACACCACCCAGGGGACCAGAACCCCUAUAUCAGUCAACUCAUGCACCUAGUUCACCUCAAUCAAAACCAGCAACCUUAUCCAUUGUGCACAAUGUCUCAAAACAGUCAACUCCUUUCCAAUCACUGCCCUCCUCCUCCCCAGGUAGCCAGGCAAAGAGAGAGGAGCUGACAUUAGGCAGUAGGUUUUGGCGGGAGUGUCAGUGGGGUGGCAGGGGGGCUACGCCUGACCAGCUUGAAUGUGACUCCCCAGUUCUGGACAUAGAGAUCAUCUCCUCACUGUCCUUGGACUCAGACACCGCCUCCGCCUCUUCCGUCACCUCAGGUUAUGAGAGCGCUACGCCUGUCUCCGAGCAAGGCUGGGACAACCUGGUGAAGAAGUAUGAGGGUGUGCUGCAAGACUGCCUCCAAAACAACCGCACUCACACUAAGAUUGAGUCCAUGAUGUUAAAGCUGCAGAGGCUCCAGCAGAAAGCCAUUUUGGAUGAUGACUAUGAUGCAGCUGAACGUUUUGGGAAAAAGCUGGAGGAGCUGUGCAGGGAGCGAGGCGCUCUGAAGCUGGGUCUGCCCUCCAGACAGCCCAGCGUGGCUCUGUUCCUGGAGCGGCUCAGACAGGUGGUGCACAGCGCCCUCCAGAGGGCGGACUGCAGUCAGUGCAGGAAGGAUGUGGAGCAGGAUGCAGGGGAGAGGUCAGAAUCAUCACACGGUCCACUGCAUCAAAAAGAUCGCCUGAUCCAGGAGAAACGGCUGAUAGAGGUGGAGAUAGCAGAGCUGCAAUGGAGGCUGACGGAGCUGAGGGACCAUAGCCGAGGCCUGGAGCAGCAGAUCCAGCAGGAGGCGCAGCAGGUGGAGGCCGAGGAGCUGGAGGGCUCCGUGCUGCAGGGCCGCACCGUAGCCCAGCUCCGCGACAUGAGCCGAACCCUGCAGGACCUCGUCACCUCUGAAAACCGCACGCAGAUCACCGUCUCACCUUCAGCCUCCCUACUCAGACUCCAUGAGCAGGAGCAGGCAUUGAAUCUGUCCAUCAAGGAAGCCACUGCUAAAGUGGUCAUGAGUCAGAGGCUGGGCAGCAGCCUGCGGAGGAAAGUAAGCGAGACAGAAACUCAGCUUUUGGCACUGCAUGAAGCCAAACUGGCGGCCAUCUCAGGUAAUGACUUCAGCAGUGCCAAGGAGAUGAAGGCUGAGAUGAAGGCGGUGUACCUUGAGCGGGAAAGACUGGAUGCUUUGGCCAAGAGGCUACACAGCCUGAGCUCGGGGAGCAGCCAGGAGCUGGCCAGGAUGAAGGAGCAGCGGCAGCAGUUCAGGCAGGAGCUGGAGCAGAGGGAGGCCCAGCACGAAAGCCGGCUCAAAGAGAACACUACCGAGUACAUCAGGCUUUUGGAGGACAGAUUACAAAG